AUGGUGAUGGCGGCCAUGAUAACAGCAGAUGAAAGACGAUGCAUGGACAUUUGCUUGCUCAAGUGCCUACUACUCCUUAAACCUGUAGAAGAAUGCAAAGAUGCAUGUAACCGCAAAUGCCACAAACCACCUAAUGUUCCAUAUCACCAAUCAGAGACGAAGAUUAGAGGAAUGGGAAACAUAAAAGAGUAGAUAUAUCGAUAAAAUAAUUGACCUAUUUGUAAACUCGAUAAAAAUUUAAAUUUAAAUAAAAAAUAAGAAUCUUUUUCCAAUAACAUAAAAAUUAGUUUUUUUUUCAAUAAUAAUACACAUUCUAAA